AUGGAGACGGAGUCCGGGGCGGUGAGUACAGCAGUCAGGGCCUCCGGCCCCGGGGUAGCAGGGAUAAGGAGCAACGUGGACUCCGUUCCUGAGGGGCCGGAAGAGCGAGGUCUAGCGCCCAAACGCCCGCUAUUUUGUCGGGAAGAAAUGUGGACAGGACGCCUCAUCUACCACCGCGAAGAGCGGCCCGCCUGCAAGCCCGGUCGGGUCGUGUCGUGGGGUCGGGAAGGUGGGACCACCGGGCCUGGACCGGGUGUAGGCUGGCUGGGGGACCUCAGUAAAGGCCGGGAGGUUUCGGGAGUCGGCGGGUGGCUGCGUCCUAUGCACCAGGCGGGGCUGGGCAAGAGCAACAGCUUUCCCGCCGAAACUGGGCUCAGCGACGUCUUUGACGCUCGCUCUGGCGGGACUCCGCCCAGCCGCCCACCGCGAGGGGUUGUCAGGGCGGCUGACACCGCCUCUCCCCGACUGGUCAGAUUCCCGCCGCUACUGCUGGCGGGAUUGCGGGGCAAGAUUUCUCGUUGGCUAGCCUUCUUUUCCCUCCCGCACUUUGGUGGGGAGGGGGUGGAUCCUCGUGUCAGUGUCCAAGUUCACGAUGACCCGAGAGAACCCGAGGAAGUUGUUGCCGCGGCCAUAUACCCCAGCGCCUCAGCUUGCUGGCCUCGGAGGGGAAGGAGCACCGAGGCCGUGACCGCGACGCAAACAUCAAAUCAGACGCCAACAGAUUCAUUAUCUCCAUCCCCUAAUCCUGUGUCACCUGUGCCUUUGAAUAACCCAACAAGUGCCCCAAGAUAUGGAACAGUGAUCCCUAAUCGCAUCUUUGUAGGAGGAAUUGACUUUAAGACAAAUGAAAAUGAUUUAAGAAAGUUUUUUUCCCAGUAUGGGUCUGUAAAAGAAGUGAAGAUUGUAAAUGACAGAGCUGGAGUGUCCAAAGGGUAUGGUUUUGUCACUUUUGAAACACAAGAAGAUGCACAAAAAAUUUUACAAGAGGCUGAAAAACUUAAUUAUAAGGAUAAGAAACUGAACAUUGGUCCAGCAAUAAGAAAACAACAAGUAGGAAUCCCUCGUUCCAGUGUAAUGCCAGCAGCUGGAACAAUGUAUCUAACAACUUCAACUGGAUAUCCUUACACUUAUCAUAAUGGUGUGGCUUAUUUUCAUACUCCAGAAGUAACUUCUGUCCCACCACCUUGGCCUUCACGUUCUAUAUCUAGUUCCCCUGUGAUGGUAGCUCAGCCAGUUUAUCAGCAACCUGCAUAUCACUACCAGGCCCCUGCACAGUGUCUACCAGGACAGUGGCAGUGGGGUGUUUCUCAGUCUCCUGCCUCUUCCGCUCCAUUCUUAUACCUGCAACCUUCUGAGGUUAUUUAUCAACCAGUGGAAAUUGCACAAGAUGGUGGAUGUGUUCCUCCUCCGCUAUCUCUGAUGGAAGCUUCAGUUCCAGAGCCUUAUUCUGAUCAUGGAGUUCAAGCAACAUAUCACCAGGUUUAUGCUCCAAGUGCCAUCGCUAUGCCUGCACCUGUGAUGCAGCCUGAACCAAUUAAAACAGUGUGGAGCAUUCAUUAUUAAGACAAUUGGGCAGCUCUAGUCCAGCUCAACUGAUUUCUUGUCCAAUGAUCCUUGUGUGGCCGAGAUCCAGCUUCAACGAACCGGCUAGAAGCUGCCCGUUGUGAUACUUAGGGUUAGUUAAUACCUCGCCAUACUUAUUUAUUCCAUUAUAAGCUGUCUAAAUUUGAUGAAAUUUGCUUUUUCAGCUGUUCUACAAAACUAUUUAGGUAGUUGUGGCAUGUUGGUUUGUUUAUGUGUUAAUCUAACUGUAGUGACAUUUUCUACAACAUGUUUUACCAUUCCAUAAAUAAUAACCACAUUGGGAA